CUCCAGGUGUGAAGCAAGCAAUUUGUUCUUCUCAUUUGAUAUUAACAGCGAAAGGACAAGUUUAUCUCUGACUGACUUGACUUCAGUAUUUGACUUUCAAUUGACUAAAAAUCAUACAGAAAUUAGCCUCUGAAAUGUAAGAACACGAACAAAGCAUUGCAGACGAUACUCAGAUUUUCUCUCAAAAAACAAAACAAAACAAAAAACUCAGAACUCCUACCCUGCAAGUGGAUAGCCAACAAAAGGAACAAGACAGAAAGGAAACUAAAAGGGUUUUUUUUUUCCCUGGAGGAUAUUCAGUUAUGUGAAGCUAACAGCUACUAAGGAGAAAUACUAAAGCCUCUAUUUGUUAAACACAAUCAUUUUUGCUUCUGAGGAGGAAAGGGAAGAUGAAAGACCGACUUCAAGAACUAAAGCAGAGAACAAAGGAAAUUGAACUUUCUAGAGAGAGGAAUGCGUCAUCUACGGAAGCUGAGGAACAAGGAGUAUUUCUUCAGCAAGCUGUUGUUUAUGAAAGAGAGCCUGUGGCUGAAAGACACCUACAUGAAAUUCAAAAGCUACAGGAGAAUAUUAAUAACUUCAUAGGUGAUGUUCAAAACUUUGAGCAGCAGCAGAAGAAUCUGAUGGCUUCAAUGAGGAGGUUUAGUUUACUUAAGAGAGAGUCCAGCAUUGCAAAGCAAAUAAAGAGUCAAGCGGAGCACAUUAACAGAGGUCUGGACAAUUUAGUAAAAGAAGCAAAAAAAUCAGAGGUCGAAAAUGGCCCAUCAUCAGUGAUCACAAGAAUACUUAAAUCUCAGCAUGCUGCAAUGUUCCGCCAUUUCCAGCAAACUAUGUUUAUUUAUAAUGACACCAUAGCAGCAAAGCAAGAGAAGUGUAAAACGUUUAUUUUCCGUCAACUGGAAGUUGCAGGGAAAGAUAUUCCUGAAGAAGAAGUCAAUGAUAUGCUUCAUCAAGGAAAAUGGGAAGUUUUCAACGAAAGUUUGCUUACAGAAGUCAGUAUCACUAAAACACAACUCUCACAGAUUGAACAGAGACAUAAGGAACUUGUUAAUUUAGAGAAUCAAAUAAAAGACUUAAGGGAACUUUUUAUUCAGAUAUCUCUUCUAGUAGAGGAACAAGGAGAAAACAUCAAUAAUAUUGAAAUGGUAGUGAAUGGUACAAAAGAAUAUGUUCACACUACCAAAGAGAAAUUUGGACUGGCUGUAAAAUAUAAAAAAAGAAACCCAUGCCGGGUAUUGUGUUGUUGGUGUUGUCCUUGCUGUAGCUCAAAAUAAAGAAGCUAUUUUAGAAAAGUU